AUGUUACAGACUCGGAGGCGUCCGGGGGCCGGGGCCGAGCCAGGGGUCCCAGGUUUCCCGGCCCAGCCUCAGGCAGGGCUUGAGUCCCGCCGCCGGGUCCCGGCUCCGGAGGAGGAGGACAAACCAGCACAAGAGGACAAGAAGGAAGCAAAGCCGGGGCGAGCCAGCACCGAGUUACAGGCGGGGGGGGAGGGGCUUCUGAGGGGGCCCGAGGGAAGCCCCCGCCCGCGGCUCGGCCCCUCCCCCGGGCCACUGUCAAGCUCCGGGAAGGAGCACUUAGUAGGCGCCUGCUGUGCGCGCCACUCGCGGCUACAAAGGAAGCGAAGGUCGCGGCCGGGCGGCAGGGGAUCCGGCUCGCAUGCCCCCCCCCCCGCUCCGUCCCGCCCCCCGGCCCCGCCUCCCUCCAGGUGCCGCGGCCGGAGCCCGAGCCCGGGCCGAAGGCGGCCGAGCGGGCGGCCGGGGUGCGCCGGGUCUCCUUUACCUGCGGGUGCGACGGCGGAGGAGGCCGCGGAAGGCGCCGCCCGCUCCGCGACCCCUGCUCCUGAGGGCUCGGCGCGGGAGGGAGCGAGGGCGAGGCGGCGGCGGCGGUUGCUGCCGAGGAGCCGGGCACCGGGGCGCUCCCGCUCACAUCGCCCAGCGCACCCUCACUCACUAACACUCACACUCGCACCUACACACACGCGCUCGCGCCGACUCUACGGGGAGUCCGGCCCCCACCGCCGCUCCCGGGAGUCACCGCCUGCGCCCCCUCCCCCUGGGGGCGGGGUCACGGCGGGGAGGGGCCUGAUCCCCCGCCCCUCGGCCCGCCGGCGCGGAAAGGGCUUUUCCAUUGGCCCAGGCCAAGCGACGAGCUCCCUACCUCGCGCUCAUUGGUCAGCCGGAGGAAGCUGCUCGCUACCCUAA